UAUCAUCACUCCAAGUCAACGCUCUCGCCAUGUCGUCUAUCUUGUGGCAUACCCUUCUCAUCUGUUGUGUCUUUCACCACACAUUCAGUUUCCCGCCAAAUGAUAUUCCUGCUGAACCCAAAACUCAAUCCCACAAUUCUAUAACAUUGGAGGCUAUAUUUCGAACAACUGCUGUGUUUUUGGAUACAUUUGGCUUAGUGAACAACACAGGAUUGCCUCCGUCGCAAAAAGUCCAGGAAUUCUUUGGCACAGAUCAAGAAUCCUAUUUAAAUUACCUCAGGAUAAUCACCAGAAUCAUUGGUUACGAGAAUAACAUCCAGAGAGAUUUUGCUGAUGUUUCAUUUUACCAUGUAAAUGGCGAGCAGAUUGCAAUAGCUCACAAUUAUAUCCGCAAUCUAAGACAAACAAUAAAGGGUCUGUCCCAGACUGCCACGACAGACGACAUCGAGCAGAUCAGAGAAAAAAUUGGAGCAGCUUUGUAUACUAUUCAAGAAUUCUACAGCAAUACAAACUGGGUAGAACUCCGUAGAAAUGGCGUUUAUGAGGAUUUUGGACAAGACGGAGUCACAUUGAUAGAGGUGGCAGACCUUCAAGAAAACACUUGUACAGACUGCGCAUUUCUGGAAGGGCUUGUUAUAUGUGACAACAAUGUUGUUGUUGAUAAAUUGACAAGUGGCUACAAAUCAGGACAAGAUGUGACAAAACCUGUCCGGCAGGGCAUAAGCGGGAAAUGCAGUCAUGGAACUUCGGACGAUGACAGUCGCUUUAUGACCGCAACCGGUGGUAUUUACAAAGGAAGAUAUGUUCAAAGCGAAGCUCCCCGCAGCAUCCUGCAUGGUGCCGCAUCGGAAGCCGCCAUUAAUGCGACACAAUACUUCCUUAUUGGACAAGGACGAGGACUUUUAAGUCUCAUUGGUGAGGAGGUCUUCCGAGAUGUCUUUGGUAUACGGACCAGAGAAGAAAUAGUUAAAACGUCCUUGACCUUUGUUAUUGACGUCACAGGUUCCAUGGGGGAUGAUAUUGCAGCGGUGGUAAAGGCCACUAAGAAAAUUGUCUAUGAGGCAAAAGACUCCCAGUUUGUACCAGAAAACUAUAUUCUCGUUACGUUUUCUGAUCCUGCAUCGUUGACCACCGGAAGAGAGACAGAUAACCCAGAGAUCAUGGUAAAUUGGCUUCAGAGUCUUAGUGUGACAGGAGGCGGGGAUUGUCCUGAAUUUGCUAUGACUGGGAUGUUGAAAGGAAUUGAAAUGUCCAACAAAAAUUCGAAGAUAUACCUUUGUACUGACGCUGAUGCAAAGGACGAGUAUCUACAGGACCAAGUGAUUGAGGGGUUGAGGGAAAAAUCUCUCACACCAGUGUUCCUUCUAACCGGACAAUGCUCUUCGAGGAGGAAAAGGGACAUAAAUGAACAGUCGCAGAUAUCUCAAAUUCUGCCACCGUUAGAAAAUAAGCUGACCCAUCGAGUGAAAAGAUCGAGUUUGCAGGUGUUUGAGGCAAUAGCAAAAGAAACUGGAGGAAGGGUAUACGAAACAAAAGUCGCACAACUGGAGACAAUAGUGGAGAAAGAGAUUAAGGAUACUUUUCCAUCUUCCAAUGUCUUUAUCACCUGGUUCUUGAUACCUGACGGUUCCUCAUCCAAUGAAGUCAUGUCUAUUCCGGUGGACAAUCACAUGGAAACACUAAAGAUAGUUGUUAGGAAAGUUGCAAGCCAGUCCGAAUUUACUUUUUCUUAUCCCAACGGUACGAAUGUCAUGUUUUUAUCCGAAAAUGAGCUGUACAACAUUUUAGACAACACUUUGACAAUAUCAAUCAAGGAACCAGGGCCUGGCAUUUGGAAAUUCAAGAAGAAUACAUCAAAUGCAUGGAUAGUAAACAUCACAGCUCAAAGUCCAAUGGAUUUCUCAGCCAGCAUUCUAGAACCCAGCACUGGUGGCAAUUUAUACCAAUUGUCUGGGAAUCCUAUCAAAGGAUACAAUUAUACGUUGGUGGUUGAUAUCCAGAAUCUGGACUCGAAUUCCUCCUGUACAAGCGUUGGUCUUCUGGAUAGAAAUGGGACUGAAGUGGCCGAAAUUCCAGUUACAAGAUUAACCAUUGAGGGUAUAGCUCGCUGUGUAGGAGAUUUUGUUCCUAUAAAUAAGUCAAGUUACGCACAAAUCAGAGGAAUUGAUGCACUUGGUAAUAAAUUCCUUAGGACAAGCAUGUUUACUAUUCUACCAGCCUCCGUCCAACUGCGUAUUUAUCCAGUUCUCGGACAGUUACGUUUAAAUGAAAGCACAAAUAUCUCCUUUUCCCUUACAAACACCGGGGAUUCUACUGUGAAUUUCAUGAUUACUGUAUCUAAUGGUAAAACCAAUAUUACGGUGCAACCAGGGAAUCUCAGUUCUGGGGAGGUAUACAAUGCUGUUGCCAUGCUAACACCAGACUCCUUGCAACCCGUCGCAGACACAAGAACAGCAGACUGUACAGUGUUAAAAUACCCAGAUAGAUGCCCUGUACAGUCACUUAAUACUGGGAACUGUUCCUCCUACAACUGGACAGGACUGGUUCAAGUCUCCUCAGCAACUAUAUGGCUAUCAGACAUCAGUGCCUCUACUGAUGAAGUCAGGUUGGAACACAUGAACGUAUCAGAAGCAAACUUCUCCGUUCCAAUAACAAUAAGCGGCAUUUGUUGUAUCCAAGCAGUUGUACUUACCAUUACGGACAACGAUGGCAAGUUCGAUCGGUGUAACUUCAUCCUCUCUGAACAACCUCUUUUUAUUGUUCAAGAUACAACAACAACAGAAGCUCAGACAACAGAAUUUUACAGCAAUACAAACUGGAUAGAACUUCGGGGAAAUGUUGUUUAUGAGGAUUUUGGGCAAGACAACGUCCCACUGGUAGAAGUGGCGGACCUGAAAGAAGACACGUGUACUAACUGUGAAUAUAAAGAGGGGCUCGCAAUGUGUGAUAACAACUUAGUUGCUGACAAAUUAACAAGUGGCUACAAAUCAGGACAAGAUGUGACAAAACCUGUCCGACAGGGAUUAAGUGGAAAAUGCAGCCACGGAACACAAGAUGACGAAAGUCGAUUGAUGACCGCUACUGGCGGUAUAUAUAAAGGAAGGUCUGUUCAAAGCGAGGCUCCGCAUAGCAACUUCCACCGCGCAGCCGCAGAAGCAGCCAUUUCCGCUACACAGUACUUCCUUGUUGAUCCAGAUAGGGGGCUUCUAAGCCUCAUGGGAGGAAAGGUUUUCCGGGAUGUUUUCGGCAUACGAAGCAGAGAGGAUGUGGUAAAGACGUCUUUAACCUUCGUUAUUGAUGUCACAGGCUCCAUGGGUGACAACAUAAAAGAGGUCAUAAAGGGGACGCAGAAAAUAGUCAAUGAGGCUAGAGACUCUCAGUUUGUGCCAGAAAACUACAUUCUCGUUACAUUUUCUGAUCCUGCAUCGUUGACGACUGGUAGAAAAACGACAGACCCACACACCAUGAUAACAUGGCUUCAGAAUCUUAAGGUCGAUGGAGGUGACGAUUGUCCCGAGUAUGCUUUGACUGGAUUGUUAAAAGGGAUAGAAAUGUCGAACGAAAAUUCGAAAAUUUAUAUCUAUACUGACGCAGACGCAAAGGACGAAGAAUUACUACCUCAAGUGGAUGCGAACGUGAAAGCAAAAUCUAUAAAACCUAUAUUUAUCCUAACUGGACAAUGUUCUACGAGAAAGAAAAGAGAAAUUCAAGUCCAGUCACACGAAAGUUUGUUAGCUGUGAAAAAUUUACGAACUCAUCGAAAGAAAAGGUCGAGCUUGAAGGUGUUUCAGGCAAUAGCUGAGAAAGCUGGAGGUAAAGUCAUUCAAACAAAAGUGGGGUUACUUGGAGCAAUUGUGGAGAAGGAAAUAAAGGAGACAUUUCCAUCAUCCAAUGUCUUUGUCACAUGGUUUGUGAUUCCCGGCAGAUCCAUGUCCAAUGAAAAUUAUAGCAUUCAUGUAGACAAUGGCAUCAACACAUUGAAGAUAUUUAUUAAGAAUGUUUCAACAGAAUCCGAGUUCUCUCUGCAUUAUCCCAACGGUUCAGAUGUCACAUUUUCAUCUCAGAUGAUGCAGCAAAGCAUUUUAGACAAUAUUUUGACAUUUACAAUUCGGGAUCCAGUGUAUGGCAUUUGGAUACUUAGAAGGAAUAUGAUGAAUGCCUAUAUUGUGAACGUGACUGCCCAGAGCCCUCUGGAUUUUUCGGCUAGUAUACUAGAGCUCAGCACGGGGGGUAACUCUUUCCAGUUGUCUGGAAAUCCAAUAAAAGGACGCAAUUACAGGCUAGUCGUUGAUGUUCAAAAUCUUGACUCAAAUUCCUCAUGCAGCAGUGCUGGUCUUCUAGAUAAUAAUGGGGACAUCGUAAACGAGAUUCCAUUGACAAGGAUUGCUAUGGCGGGUAUAGCUAGUUUUAUAGGAGACUUUAUUCCAUUGAGGGAGUCGAGCUACGUACAAAUCAGAGGAACUGAUGAAUUUGGAAGCGAAUUUUUGAGGAGUCAAACAUUUUCAAUUUUACCCGUCUCUGUUCAGCUGCGUAUUUCACCUGUUCUCGGAUAUUUACGAUUAAAUGAGGGUAGAAAUAUCUCCUUUACUUUAUCUAAUACCGGAAAUACGACUGUGCUUUUCGUGAUAACAGUGUCAGAUAGAAAAACAAGUACAAACAUCAGCGUACAAUCAAAGAGUUUAGAUGCUGGGCAAAUAUUCAAUGGUGCUGUUAUGGUUACCCCAAGGUCCCUGAAACCCAUACUUUUACAAUUUUCUGUUACUCUGGAAAACUACACGGGCGUCAUUCAAACAGAGACAAGAAGAUACUUUGUGUCAGAUACACGCAGAGCCCAGUGUACUGUGUUAAAUCGUCCGGAAAUGUGCCCCAUAGAGUCACUGAACACAGGAAACUGCUCCACCUAUAACUGGACAGGUCUGGUCAAAGUAUCGUCUGCAACGAUGCGGCUAUCCGAAAUCAGGGUGUCCAAUGAUGAAGUGGUUCUGGAACAUUCGAAUUUCUCAGAUGCGAACUCCUCUUUGUCAAUAUCAAUAAGAGGGCAUUGUUGUGUCCAGUCUGUUGUUUUAACUAUAACAGACAAGAACGGCUAUUUCGACCAAUGUAACUUUGUCUUGUCUACACAACCUUUGUCUCUUGUCCAAACAAUAACAGUACCAGAAGAGACAACAAAAAGGGAAAUAAUAGAAGAUGAAAAGGUUGAGACGACAGAUAACUGGAAGAUAGUGGGUAUAGUGAUCGGAUCUAGUGUAGCAGGAAUCAUCCUCGUUGCAAUUUUUGUCAUCAUCUUUUACAAAACAAAGAAAGGAACUUCAAACAAACAGUCUUAUCAGCUUGUGCGGAAAAAAUAGCUAGAAUAUAAUAAAGAGGAUUGUUAAUGAAAUAAUUAUUCCUGGCUCCAAGACCAUAAACUGAAAAUAGACUUAAGCCAACCAUUUUUUUUUUAUAAUAUCUUGAGUUUUAUUUUAUGUAU